GUCAAUCUGAAUGAAGGGCUGGUAACAUGACCUGCUUCUGUUGGUUGCUAUUAACUUCAUUUUUCCCACCCUGGGAAACUCCAGUUGUCAUCACUGAUCCUGCCUUUUCCCCUUAGAUCUAUUGAGGGCCAACAAUGAAAAACCGAACCACAUUUACUGAAUUUAUCUUGCAGGGCUUUACAAAUCGACCAGAACUCCAAGUGGUGAUAUUCAUCUUUCUGUUCCUCGCCUACAUGUUGAGCGUCCUGGGAAAUUUGACUGUCAUCAUACUCACUCUGAUAGACCCCCACCUCAAGACCCCUAUGUUCUUCCUCCAAAAUUUUCCCUUCUUAGAAAUUUCCUUCACGGCCAUUCUUAUUCCCAGAUUUCUAACCAGUAUGACAACAGCAAAUAAAGUCAUCUGCUUUGCUGGCAGCCUGAUUCAGUAUUUUUUUGCUAUAUUUCUUGGGGCCACAGAGUUUUACCUCCUGGCGUCUAUGUCCUAUGACUGCCACGUGGCCACCUGCAAGCCCCUGCACUACCCGACCAUCAUGAGCAGCCGAGUCUGCGUCCAGCUCGUGUUCUGCUCCUGGCUGGGGGGGUUCCUAGCUAACUUCCCCCCAGUCAUCUUGAUGAGCCAGGUGGACUUCUGUGCUUCCAAUGUUCUGAAUCACUGCUACUGUGACUACGGGCCCCUCCUGGAGCUUGCCUGCUCAGACACAAGCCUCUUAGAACUGAUGGUCAUCUUCUUGGCGGUUGUGACCCUGGUGGUUACUCUGGGGCUGGUGACACUUUCUUCUACAUACAUUAUCAGGACAAUUCGGAGGAUCCCCUUUGCCCAGCAAAGGACAAAGGUUUUUUCCAGUCCCUCCCAUAUGAUUGUCAUCUCUCUCUCUUAUGGCAGCUGCAUGUUUAUGUACAUUAAUCCUUCUGCAAAAGAAGAAGGUGUUUUCAACAAAGGAAUAGCUGUGCUCGUUACUUCAAUUACUCCCUUGUUAAACCCUUUCAUUUACACUCUAAGAAAUCAGCAAGUGAAGCAAGCAUUCAAGAACACCAUCAAAAAGACUGUGAAGAUUUAAAUCUAUCUAUAUAUCUAUAUCUCUAUAUCUCAAGGAAAUACAUUCCACUUAAUAAAUAUGUACUGAAUGUCUACUAUAUUUCAAGUGCUGAACCAGCACUUGAGGACAAAAGUAUAAGGGGCGUAUGCCCUAAUUUCAAGCAAUCUAUGAUCUAAUGUGAUAGAAAUGUGUAUAAA